GCGCUUGGCCGUGGGUUUGAGAUCGGACUAAGCUCAGCUUCAACUUCGAAGAACAACAAAAAGCGCGGGAUCAAAUCAAAUGCGGCCUCCAUUUCCAUAGCUUCAACCUUCCCUGCUAGGGUUUCGAUUCUACCAGAUCCUCUCCUCGACCGAGCCUCUUCACAGCUCCUCCUCCAAUGGUGACCGCUGCCUCCGUCGACUCCUCUCUGUGGUGGGACUCCUUCGUUCUUCUCAUAACCGACCUCGAAAAUGCUUCUCUCUCCUCUGACCUCCCACCGCAUCUGGUUAAGAAGUUGAACGACAAUCGCGUCUGGUUCGUGGACCUCGUGUCCCUCUUCAAGCCGCCGAAUCAGAAAUCUAGGGACGCUUUGAAUUUGCAGCAAGUUAAUGUUGGCUCGCAUCAGUUGAAGAUACGGUCUCAAUUGAAGGAUGCUGCUCUUCAAAUUAGUUCCCGUUUGUGUUUAGAUGAGGUACAAUCAUACAUACUUGUUGACAGAUUUGUGGAUCAGAACAAUGUUGAUGCUGAUUUUUCAGUACAGGAAUUUCUUCAUGCGAUAUUGAUUCAGUACUACAUUGAUCGGCAAUGCUUGCUGAAAUGCACCAGGCAGAUUCUUAUGCAUGCUUUAUAUCAUGGAAUUUGCUCCAAAGAAAACAGUGCUAUUAAAGAGGAGGUACUGAGUCUGGUUUCUGAUGGAUUGGAAGGCAACUUGUUAUCUGUUCUCCAGAACCUUCUAUCUUCUAGCCAUCCUGAGCAUAUGGAUGUUGAUUUGUUCACUUUGUGGGCGGAGGAGAUAUUGAUAGAAGAAAAUUUGGUAUUGGACAUCCUUUUCCUUGCUUAUUAUGAGUCAUUUUGCAGUUGCAACAGUGAGCAAUGGAAAAAAUUAUGCUCAAUUUAUAAGGGAAUCAUAUUUGGGUCAUUUAACUUUGGAAAGCUGGCAGUAUCAACCGAAGCAGUACAGUCAAUUUAUCAUGCCAAAGUUCGAUUUUUACUUAUCCUUAUAGAAACCUUGGACUUGGACAAUCUUCUUCAAAUGAUUCAUGAUGAAACACCGUUCAGGCAGGGUUCCUUUGUGUUUUCUGUGACUGAUGUGCAAGAGAUGGAUGCUAUAAUUUCUGGUUUUGAUGUGUUUCAAACAAAAGAAGCUGGGCCUUUAAUUCUUACAUGGGCAGUGUUUCUUUGUUUAAUUUCAUCACUUCCAGAAAAACAGGAAACUAAUCUGCUAAUGGAGAUUGACCAUAUAGGUUAUGUUCGUCAAGCUUUUGAGGCAGCAUCAUUGAACAAUUUUCUUGAGAUCCUUCAAAGUGAUGUAUUGAAGGAUUUUGAUGUACCUGUUGCUGGUUACAGAAGUGUUAUGAGAACAUUUGUUUCUGCAUUCAUAGCGUCCUAUGAGAUCAAUCUUCAGGUAGAAGAUAAUACCCUCAAGUUGAUUCUGGACAUUCUUUGCAGAGUUUAUCAAGGAGAGGAGUCACUUUGUGUGCAGUUUUGGGACAAGGACAGUUUCAUUGAUGGUCCUAUUCGCUGUCUUCUUUGCAACUUAGAGGGUGAAUUCCCAUUCAGGAUUGUGGAAUUUAUUCGCUUUUUAUCUGCUCUCUCUGAAGGAGCUUGGCCUGCAGAAUGUGUGUAUAAUUUUCUAGAUAAAUCUGUUGGUAUAUCAUCUUUGUUUGAGAUUAGCAGCAAUACUUUGGAGGAUAAUAUUUCUCAGAUUGUUGAAACGCAUUUGCCUUUGCACGUUCCUGGAGUUGAAGGUUUGAUUAUUCCCAGUGAAACACGUGGUCAUGUUUUGAAAGUAAUUGACCAAAAUGUUGCUCUUGUACGGUGGGAGUAUGCUCAAUCUGGAGUGCUUGUACUGCUUCUUCGCCUGGCUCAGGAGCUUUGUAUUGAUAGCAAUGAGGAAGUCCUUGUUACUCUUGAUCUGCUUUGUCGACUUGUGUCCUUCAACACGGCUGUAUGUGUUAAUUUGAUAAAUGUUGGCAACUCAUUGCUUGUUUCGGCAACUCAUACAGAUGGUCAGAUGGAAACAAAAUUGUGGGUUGAUGUGGUAGGGAUUGUAUGCACAUUGAUCAGAAAGUUAUCACCUAGUUUGCAUGGCAGUGCUGUAAUGUCCAUGGGUGUUAGCAUUUUGGCAAAGAUGUUGAAAUGUUCACCAUCUCAUGUGACUGCAGUGGCUCUGAAGAAAAAUAUAUUUGAGGUGAAUUUAGCAACGAAUACCUUUGAUGUUGGCUGUAAUGUUUCAAGAAGUGCCUCAUGGUUGCUUUCUGGAAGACUUGCAAAAUUUCUCUUAAUAGACUGCGAGCAGAAUGACAACUAUUGCCCAUUAACUACUUCAGUGCUAGAGUUCACCAUGGAGCUUGUGGAGACAGGUGUUGAAAAUGAUUUUGUCAUUGCUCUUGUCAUAUUCUCUCUUCAGUAUGUUUUAGUUAAUCAUGAGUACUGGAAAUACAAAGCAAAGGAUGUUCGUUGGAAAGUGACGUUGAAGGUGCUUGAAGCGAUGAAAAAAUGCAUUUUGUCAAUUCCAUACUCACAGAAACUGGGCAUGGUUAUUCGAGACAUUUUACUUUGUGAUUCUUCCAUUCACAGUACAUUCUUUCGGAUUAUUUGUACAACUACUGAGACUUUAGAGAGACUCUAUGUUAGCCGUCUUUAUGAAUUGAUGGACAUUGAAGGAUUACAGCUUGCAAUAUGUUCUGCACUGGAUAUUAUUUUCAGCAUGCUGUCUAGGCUUUCAGUGGAUCUUUCAUCCAGCCUUCCAGUCUUUCACCAAGCGUUGCUGUCGUCUACAGCCAAACCAAUUCCUGUUGUUACAGCCAUGAUAUCCUUGAUAUCAUAUUUCCGCUAUCCUGCAAUACAAAUUGGUGCUGCCAGUGUGUUAUCAAUGUUAUUCAUGUUUGCAGAUUAUUCACAACAAUAUUUGAAUGGAAAUGCAUGCUUUGGUCUGGAUGAUAAACAGAUUAAAGAAUUAAAACAUUCCGUGGGCGUUAUUCUUCAUGAGCAGUCACUGUGGAAUGAAGAUCUCUUUCUUACUAUUGUCAAACUGCUCACUUCUGCUGCUCGUUAUCAGCCUGCUUUUCUUGCUGCUAUAAUUUGUGGUGAAGUGAAUAUGGAUGUUCAAUCCAGUAACGAUUCAGCUGUGAGGCCACCAACAAACGAUGCUUCAUUUAAACCACUGGAAUCCAAGAAAUCAAGUCUGCUAGAUUCACUUGUGCUCUAUGUUGAAAGAUCUAAUGAUCUUAUCAAGAGUAAUCCCCGCAUACUGCUGAUUGUACUCGAGUUCCUGAAGACCUUGUGGCAAGGAGCUGCUAAUUAUAAAGAUAUUUUGGAGUUGCUAAAAAAAUAUGACAAGUUCUGGGAACAUUUAUCCAACUCUGUUUCCCUAACUGCUGGCUUGGAAGCACCUGUACUUGGAAAACUUAAUGAAAGAGAGUCUCUAAACCUGGCGUACAAAUAUCAGUGCCAGUCCGUUGUGUUGGAAAUAAUGACAAAUGAAGCAUUUCUUCAGAAAAAGUUACAGCGGGCUGAGUUACUUGUGAAACAGAUUGAUGACUCAUCAAAGGGGAAGAUGGAAAAUGUAGCCAGUGCUGAAAAACCGAGCAAUGCGAAUACGGGUGAUCUCAGAUGUAUUUUGUCAACCUGGCGUGAGCAAUCAGUUUUGGGUGAUUUAAUCAAGUCCUAUGCAUCCUGUGAAUAUAACAACGAGAAAUAUCUUCGCUCAAAGGUUGCUGCAGCUUUGUUCACCAUGCAUGUGAUCAGGAAAUUAACUCACGGAGACACUGGGAGUCUGUCUGUAUCAUUAAUUGAAAAGAUCCGUGCCAUAUCCAAAAAGUUGGGCAAUCUGCCUGCCUUCUCCGAAUUGGUAGCUCAAUACUCACGAAGUGGUUACAGUAAAGGAGAGGCACUGAAUGCUUUAAUACUCAGUGAUCUUUAUUACCAUAUAGAAGGAGAGCUUGAGGGUCGUAAGAUAGAUGCUGGACCAUUUAAAGAGCUCUCCCAGUACCUGCACGAAUCAAAACUUUUUCAAAUUUAUCAACAAAAAUGUGAUGGGGAUCUUUUUGCCCUUUCUAAAGAUAUGUGCUUGUUUGAACUCGAGCGCUUACAAGCUGAUUUGGGAUUGGAUAUGUGGUGUCAUUCGGAGUGGAAAGCAUCCAGGGCAGUUGCAGAUAAAUUGUUACUCUCCAUGGAGGAGGUGAACUCAAUGACGAUGGUUUCAAAUUCCAAGCUUUCUGCAAUGAAAGCACUGAUAAACAUGAUAUCUGUUUUCAAGGAAGAUUUGUUUGAGAAAAAUGCUGCAAUUGAUGGGAAAAUCUCUGAGCAACUCUUUCCAUCAUGCAUUAAUCAUGUAUGCCAUUGUUUUCGCGUCACAACUGAAUCAUUAGCACCAGUUCUAGAUGCUUCUGAAGACAUCCUUGAUUUUCUUGCAGCCCAAGCGGAAUUACUUCUCCAUCUUAUUAGAUUUGAAAAUGAAAACCUAUCCCUACCAACCUGUGUAGCUGUCUUAAAAACAACAGGUUUUGGUCUUAAAGUUCUGAGUGACUUUAGACCCUCAAUUUCUGGGGUUAAAACAACAGUGAAGCUCUUGCUUACAUUGCUUCUCUCAUCCCUCGAGCUCAGUGGUCUUAAGUCGCAGAUUGUUGGGGCAAUGGAAAAGGAAUAUAUUAAAGCCUUUUCUGAGGUGUCUAAUAGCAGUUUGGGGCUGUUGCCCAUUCUCUGCAAAUACAUUGAGACUACGGAGCAUUGCAUCCUCUCCUUGACUAAUAUUGACUUGAUAGUGAGAGGUUUCUCGACUCCCAAUACUUGGUUCCCCAUCAUGCAGAAACAUCUCCAGUUGAAGCAUGUUGUUCUGAGACUGCAAGAUGAAAGUUCUGACGCUUGUAUUCCCAUAAUACUGAAGUUUCUUCUGACUCUUUCUUGUGUCAAAGGAGGUGCUGAAAUGCUUCUUGCUGCUGGGUUUUUUUCAUCGUUGAGAAUGUUGUUUUCCGACUUAUCAGAUGGUGUGCCAUUCUCAGUCGUUCAAAAUGAAAGGAGUCUGUUGAGCACAUCUGAAAAAAUUGAAAAGCCUCAGCACAUUUGGGGACUUAGCUUGGCCGUGGUUACAGCUGUGAUUCAAUCUUUAGGAGAAAGUUCGUGUACUUUUAUAGAAGAUAGUGUUAUACCUUAUUUCUUCUCAGAGAAAGCCUAUCUGAUAUUGUAUUAUCUUAAUGCUCCAGACUUCCCAUCUGAUAAUCAUAACAGGAAGAGAGCUCGAGCUCAAAAGACGCAUAUUUCUCUUACUUCCCUCAAGGAAACUGAGCAUACUGUCAUGCUAAUCUGUGCAUUAGCAAAACAUCAAGAUCUAUGGGUUAAAACCAUGAAAGGGACAGAUUCACAGCUAAGGGAGAGAAGUAUCCAUAUUUUAGCCUUCAUUAGUCGGGGAAUUCAACGGCUUGGGGAUUCUCCUUGCAGGACCCCACCUCUCUUUUGUGCUCCUGUCCUCAAGGAGGAGUUUGAUUGUUGCACGAAACCAUCAUUUGUCAACAGCAGAAAUGGAUGGUUUGCAUUUUCUCCUCUUGGUUGUGUCUCAAAACCUAAGUUGUCACCUGUCUCAACCAAGACAGCUGCUCUUUUAUUGAAGGAUCAAGCAGCUGAAAGUUGUAAUUUAGCAUCUCGAACAUAUUUCUCAGACACCGUUGCAAUACAAAUAUACAGAAUUACAUUUCUUCUUUUGAAGUUUUUGUGCUUACAAGCUGAAGGCGCUGCUAGAAGGGCGGAGGAGGUUGGGUUUGUUGAUCUUGCUCAUUUUCCAGAGCUUCCAAUGCCUGAGAUUUUACACAGUUUACAGGACCAAGCAGUUGCCAUUGUAACUGAGUUGUGUGAUCCCAACAAGUCGACGCAGAAUCCACCCGAAAUUCAAAGUUUGUGCUUCUUGUUAUUGCAAAUAAUGGAGAUGUCGUUGUACUUGGAACUCUGCGUGUCUCACAUUUGUGGAAUGCGACCAGUAUUGGGCCGUGUCGAAGAGUUCACAAAGAGCCUCAAACUGUUGCUAAAAGCUGCGGAAGCACAUGUAUAUUUAAAAGCACCAGUGAAAUCCUUGAAACAGAUGGUAUCACUUGCCUAUCCUGGAUUAUCGAGAGCUGGGGGCUUCUUGUUCGACACUCUUGUAUAAGUGAAAUGACAACCAAGGAAGCAUGUUGUAAAAAUUUUGCGAGUAUUUAGUGUUGGUAUGAUUGUAGCAUAUGUUUGGGCCCCUUGUCUUUUGUCAUCUUGUAUUGACCACAGGGUAAAGGCAAUCAGGCACAUCCUUUGUAUUUCGUAGCCAGCCAUCGUUGGCUUUAUUCAUUGAAGAUUUUUUCUUUAGUA